CCCGCUAUUAUUGAAACCGAGGGAAAAGCUUGUCUUUCCUCGAUUCGAAGCAACUGUUAGCUGAAAUAGACAGUGCAAGAGCCAUCUGCAGUGCAGUUUCGUGGCAGCAAACAAGUGCAACGGUCACCGACGCAACAGAGCAACGCCAAACAACGCCCAUCUCUCACAGCAACCGGCAGACGCCCAGAGGAGAUACCACAACCAAUCAGCAGCCAUGACGACUGGCAUGACGGCGCAGGAGAAGCUCGAGCAAGCCAAAACGAUUGGGGACAUGGUCUUGAUAGUUAUCGAACCCAGACUCCGAAAGGUCGAGGACUCCAUCACCAAGUGAGCCACCAAGGGCACACGGGGCAGGGACCAGUGCAGAUGGGCACACGGAUGACCGCUCCUGUGUUUGAUGGCUUCAGGAUUCAGCAGGACGCAUGCAGACAGGCGGAGGAGACCGCUGCUGCCCUCCGUGUCAUCGACCGUCGGCUGACUGUGGUAAGGCGGAUGACACAGUGCAGAAGCCGCCGACGCACUCGCCAUCCCCUCUUCUCUGUCGCUGCCUGUGUGUCGCUCCCGUCAGGUGGAGACGUACAUUCGCAGCGAGUCAUCGAAGAAGGCCCUUUUCAAGAGCGAGGAUCCCCUCGCUGCCACGAGCAGCGGCACCCGCACCAUAUCGAACUCAUCCGCCUCGGCGCCCCCCUCGCCCUUGGGCAUGCCUAGCACCAGCAACAUUUCAGUACGGCCCUUAGUGCAGCACCAGCUUCUGAUCGACACGGAUUCUACUAGGUCGUUGCACCGCAACUCUUCUUCUGCUGAUUCCUUGCAGCGGAAGGGUCUGGGUGUCGGUGUGGUGAGUCGCCCCGUGGCUGGGUCUUCCCGUUCCUCGACGGAGCUGACGCUGCCCACGCCGUCAACAGCCGAGUCGGCUGCUGGCACCUCGCUGCGUUUGGAGCAGGGACAGGGGCAGCGCGGCAUCGGCCCCAUCACCCCACGGCCGCCGGCCAUCCAGACCGACAUCACGGCCAAGGCUCUGGGCAACGGCGGACUGAAUCUGAUGAGCCAGGCUCCUCCGAGCGACGGCGGGGUGAAGCUGAUGUCUCUGCCGCUGCCGAGCCGUCCCAGCGCCAUCCGCCCGCCGUCCAUGGGGCUGGAGCCCAUCGCAGAGGGGAAGUCGUCGCCUGGCGAUUUCACCAACUCGCCGCCGGUGGGGCCUGGCCUGGACAGCGGCAGCGCUUCUAGCAUGGAUGGAGGAAACAACCAGGAGGAGGGAGGAGGACUGGACCUGGGGCUGAUUGAGGAGGACAGCGAGGUGAGCAUGACACCACUGAGAGAGAGGGGUGCACAAUGCACUCAUGGUGUCAUUGGAUGUGUGGCUGAUCAGGUUGAUCAGGCCGGGCAGGGCGAAGGCCAGGUUGACGAGGCCGAUCAGGAUGGUGAGGGGCAGGUGAGCGCGUCUCCCUCUUCGCCAAAGACGGUCCGCUUCGAGGAGGAGAACCCCAGCCCGCCGCAGAUGGCACCACUCCCACUCCCACUCUCACUGUCGCUCGCACCAAAGACGACGCUGCCUGGGGUGGUUGCUCCCCUGCAGCCCCUCCAGCAGCCGCCACCACCGCCCGUGGACCGACAGGUGACCGGCAGCGGCAGCACCGCAGGCCGCCGUUUCUCUUUCGAUCCGAGCCCCUCGCUGUCACUGGCCAUCCCUGAUGGCGACGUUUCGGGCGAAUAUGGCAAUCGCACCCGCACAGGUGAGGGCAGAGAGAGGGGAGAUGCGCCCAUGUAUCUGCAUGGUGAAGACGUCUCCCCCUCGUUUGUUUGUCUGAGUGUGCAGUUGGAGAGAAUAGUGUGGCUGGUGUUUCUGCGAGAGUUGGCGGCAGGUCUCCCCACGGCUUCUCCUUCCCGACGACGGUGCGCCCGGCUGCUCCCAACGGUCUCACUCUGGUGGUGCCCAAAAAUAGCGCGGCGCCCUUCGCCGCCCUCACGGCAUACCACGCACCCAAAUGCGCACCCAAAUACGCACCGCCUGCACCCAAGACCACCACUGUGAGAGGCAAGACGAACCAGCAGCAGGCGCAGACGGAGGGGGAUGGGGCCAAGCUUCGCGGCUCGGAGGGAGCCAACGACCAGCGCUGCCUGUCGCCCUUCAGCAACCUCACAAACCGCCGCCCCGGCCGCCCCAGCGACGGCCUGAGUCCUUUGAGCAAGCGCCGAGACACCAACCAGAUCAACCAGGCCCGCCCCGUAUCGUCGCGCACCAAGUUCGGUUCGCCCGUUUUGCAGAUGCGUGAGCACCGAUAUGUCAAGCCGCGGCCCGCUGCUUGGGAGAAGGAUUUGCGUGGCGAGGGCGAGCCGAACGGUUGGGUGGACAAGGCCAGGGAGGAGAUGGACCGGCUGAAUAGUGAGAUGCGUGAGGUGCUGUGGCGGUUGAUGUCUCUGGGGAUUCACCUCAAGGACACAUUGAAGCUCAUCACGGCGCAGGCCCAGCAGACUGGUGGGUGGUGGACUGUACGCACGACACACACGAUGAAGAGAAGGGGGAGGGGAGAGGGGGGAGGACAGCUCUGUGUGUGGGGGGGUUUGUGUCUGUCUGUGCAGGUUCUGCUCGUGAUUUGUUGUUGGCCAAGUCGGCCCUGGAGGCCAUUGAGCGUGGGGAGCCUGGGAUCCGCGAACACUGGACGACACUCACGGGAAAAGACCCCACUACACAGGUAGGGGACCAGGGGGGUGGGGUGGGUUGUGAGAAGAAGAGACAUGUCAACAGAGAGAGGGUUUGGAUGGAUGUGUGGCCGUCUAUACGCGUCAGAUGAAUGCCAUGCCGUUGGCUAAGCUGGUCGGAAAAGGCACUUCUCGCUGGGCUAUCACGGGCCAGGUGAGGCAGUGGAGCUUUGUCUGGGAGACAUGGAGAGGCUGCACUCACUGGAUGGAUGGAUGGGUGGAUCGUUCGUUGGUUGGUUGUCUGUCUGUCUGUCUGUUCUGCAGGCCCAGAUGUCCAGCAGUGAGCACACCAUUACGUUGACGCGAUACGCCAUCAAAAAAGGACUACUGUAAGCCACCGACACGACCAUUUCCACACACCAUCACAGACGAGACACAUUUCGCUCCUCUGCUCUCCUGUGUGCAGGGACGAGGCCUGGGUGAUUGCCAAAGGCCUGUCCAUGCACAAGUAGUCCACACAAGACAGUCCCAAACCACAUCAAUGUGGCCAUGCACACAUGCCCAUGUGGCUUGCUCACAGGGAGUUGAAGAUCAUCCGCCACAGUCUGCUCGAGCGUUUGGGCAAGAUCAAGGGCGUCUCCCGCACCCCUCCCUCCAUCACCGACAGCGUGCCCCAGGUGCCAGACCUCAACCUGCAACUCUCACCCGCACAGCCCAACGACCUGCACCACGAUGUGCAAGACCAGGCCGAGCAGAACGGCGGCGAAUAGAAAAGAUACCAAACACACACAUAGAAUGACUCAACUGAACGAACGAAUCGGACGCAUCGCAGAAUUAAUUGAAGUGCUGAUUGAAUCAA